AUGCCUAUGUCACUCAUUGAGCGUUUCAAUAUUGGCGUGAGGAAGUCCUUUGCCAUCCUUAACCAAGGUCUAGAAUUAAAUGACAGUUUAUAUGAAAUAAAACACGUGCAUUUGCCGAUGUUAUUAAAGUUGCAGCCACCGACUGGAUUCUUCGAUACUCGACAAUUAUCCAGUGAUUCAUGUUGCAUAUUUCGCAAUACCGCUAAUGAAUGUCCCUUAUCUGGCCAGUGCCUACUAAUCAUUCUGGACUUUGAUGAAAUAAUCUAUAGUGCCGAAUGUGUAGAUGAGUUUCUCAAAGAACUCAGUACGGCUAGGAAAUCAUUUCAUCCAGAACAACUUAAAUUGGUUGAUAACCAGUGCAUAAAUAUAUUAACAGAUCUAUUACAUUUGGAAUCCGUGUUAUCAUACUUAUCCAUAUCUAGUGCCCUGGACAAGUCACUAAAUAAGGAGAAAUUCGUCCGGUCACUAAUUGACAUUUUAAUAUCAAAUUUUGAACUGCUUAAUGACAUCAUAAAGCUUCACUCAACAAUAACAAAGCUAAAUGAAUCUAGUCUACCUAUAUAUACUAAAGCAAACGAAUUACCUACCGACGAGGAAGACCACGUACACUUGCUAGAGGAUCACAUGAAAUCGUUGGAUUUGUUAAAAAUAGUUACAUGCGAUGGAAAAAUACUGUACCACUUUUUGGAUCAAUCUAGGCACCCCCCGGUAAUUAUAUAUAACGAUGAAUCGAUAAAUUUGUUCAGUGAGCUUAAUCAUAUAAAAUACCAAUCAAUAAUACUGCUUCAGACAAUGUACUGCUAUUGUGAUAUCAAUUGGUAUAUAUAUACUCGAAACAUGCCACUGGUAUACCCGACUCACGCGGAUGAUUAUUAUCAUUACGACAGACUUGCAGCUGUUAUUGGCAGUUCCGAUAAACUAAAUUCUAUUAACAACAAAGCAAAAUCCCACAAGAAUUCGAUUGAUCUCCAAUUUAUGGCACUAGACUACGGUUCAACAACACUUUUACCGCUGCUUCAACUUGGCAUACCCUUUUUAACCAGUGAAGUGGUGGCCCUAUUGCUAUUAUUCUCACAAAACCCAGAAAUAGUGCAAAUACUUCAGAAGCAAAAUGUCAGCAGCCAAUUAUUACAGAUUAUUGAGCAGGAAAAUGGCGCUUAUUUUACAUCAGUCAUAUCAAAAAUUGAGCCCAUAAACAUUGUUACCCUUACCAAAUUUAGUACUGAAAUUGAAAAUUCACUUAAAAUAUCUUUGAUCGCUAGGCAUUCAUUGCUACUCUUACUGAAGCUAUGUGACAAAUCUGAUGCCUAUUUACUGGAUAAACUGUGCAAAUUUACCAUUGAUUAUCUAACAAUCUUUAGUUAUGAUUCAAUAAAUAAGGCAAUCCAAUUAAGGGACAUUGCCACUACGCAUCUAUCGCUCAUUUGCAAGUGCUUGAAUAAAAUAUUGCCAAAUAAUUCAAAUUUAUCGCUGCAAAGAAUAUGUAUCGAGUUGUUGUAUAUUUUGAACAAGUUUAAACCAAAUUCUGAUGUUAUAACUUCUUGCACUGAGAUACAAGAAUUUUAUUCUGAGUUGUGUAAGUUCUUGUGGCUGAAAAAUUUGAACAUUAGUAGCAUAACAACUUCUUGCAUACUACUGAAGGAUGUAGAAUUACCAGUAUCUAUUCUAGAUUCUAAAUCUAAGAUUAUUUAUGAUAAAUACAAACUAGGCGAUCUUACCUUGUUUAACCUUAUCUACAUGUUAUCCAUUGGAAAUAAUUUUCAGAACGAAAAGUGCCAGGUUUUAUUGGAGAAAUUGAUGUAUGAUGAGAUUUUGGUUAAUAAAUACUGGGAUAUUAUUACUUCUGGAAGCAAUGUUCAUUCUGUGCAAAAUUGGUUACAAGAUAUAUUAUGUAAUAUCAACGAUGAUAAAUGCAUUGAACAACAAGUGCCAGUAGUGUCUAAUUUGUUAUCAAUCGCAUUGGUUCCGCAGUUUGAUUUGACCAAAUUGCAAUGUAUAUACGGGGUAUAUGGCAAUAUUUUGCAAUCGUUAGGCACGUUACUACAGUCCAUUGUGGAAAUUUGCGAUUUUCAAAAUUCCAAAUAUUGUAAAACGAUUAAAUCAAUUCUAUAUAUGUAUCUGCAAUUGUUACUCCUGAUAAAGUAUUACAAGACACAGAAUACAAAUCUAUUGCACUUUGUUAAUUGGAAAUCUGUUAUUGCAAUCAUGUCUUUAAAGGAGUUCCACAGUGAUUAUAUGGUUUUAGUGGGCAUUUCAUCUAUGAUUUUGGGGCUCGUUUGCGAUAUAUUCCAGGUCGAUCGUUUUUAUGAGCUGGGGAUUGAUUUGGGCAAUUCUAUCUCAGAUUACCCAAAUUCAAUAACCAAUCUUGUUGAAUCGUCACAAUAUGUCACGGUAAUGGAUUCCCUGGGAAAUAUAAAAUUUCAAAAUAAGUUUCCAAACGAUCAACUGAAUUCUUGUGAGAAUUACACAUAUGUAUGGAAUAACUAUCAGUUGUGCAAAUUAAUGAUAUGUAUAUAUGUAUAUAAGACAUUUGUACAUGAAAAAGCAAUGAAUGUUCUGCUGGAAUUGGCGCAGCAGAACAAAGUAUCAUAUUCGCAACCGCAUAUAGUAUCGUUCACCAAUGAAACCUGCACUCCAAACGUACUGCUGGAUAGGCUCAAUAACGCUGCCACAGAACAGCAGAAUGCAACCAGAGAAAUCGCACACCUCUACUCCACAAUAUCAAAGCUGAAUCGCCAAAUGGCAGUUCUAGCAAAGGCUUACUUUCAGGCAGAUGAUUCUCUAAGGAAAGUAAAGUAUGACUUGGAGCAGUUAAAGACCCCUAAGACAGCAGACCAUAACUUACAAGUCCAAUACGAGGAGCUCAAGUUCAAACAUGAAAAACUAUUAGAAUUGCUGGGUAGAAUUGAAGAGAAAUUACCCGAGGCAGUGACCAUUUGUAGGUCUAAGUUCGAAUAA